AUGGAGUGUGUGACAACUGCUUCGUACUCUAUUGUGUUGAAUAAGAGGUUCAAGGGCUUCUUCCUUGGGAGGAAAGGCUUGAGACAAGGGGAUCCCCUGUCUCCCCUACUGUUUGUGCUGUGCGUUGAAUACCUAUCGAGGCUUAUUCGCUCCAUACAGAAUAAGAAUGACUUUAAAUUCCACCCGAAAUGUGAAAGUUUGGGGAUAACUCAUCUGGCCUUCGUAGAUGAUUUAAUGAUGUUCUCUCGUGGGGAUCUUGCUUCUAUCAAUUAUCUGUUGAACUGCCUCAAUGAAUUUUCCUGCUGCUCAGGGUUGACAGUCAAUCUAAAUAAAUCAAAUCUCUACCUAGCAGGGAUGAAAGGCUCGGAUCUGGAUGAGGUGCUGAGGUUUUCUAGUAUGAAAUUGGGGGAUUUUCCUUUUAGAUACUUGGGAAUUCCUCUGCUGUCUACAAGGCUGAAUUCAGUUCACUAUAGACCCCUCAUCGACAACAUAUCCAAUUUGCUCAGGUGUUGGCCAAGUCACACGUUAUCUUAUGCUGGCAGGCUUAAGAUUAUUAAUUCAGUUGUGCAGGGCAUGGAAUGCUUUUGGCUUGCGAUAUUCCGAUUCCUCUGA